ACAUAUAACCGAGCAUGUGAAGGGUAUACGUAAAAUAUGCCGGUCAAUGGGACUUUUAUUAUAUAUACUAUUACUUCCGCUUGUAGAAGUUGAACUUUCAACCCGGCAGCGAUUUUUCUUUCCUUUCCUGUUUCGGCCUCGAUUAGAGACACACAUAGCAAUGGCACCUCGCAAGGGUAAGGAAAAGAAGGAAGAGCAGGUCAUCAGUCUGGGACCUCAGGUUGCCGAAGGCGAGAAUGUGUUUGGAGUCUGCCACAUCUUUGCAUCCUUCAACGACACCUUUGUGCAUGUCACUGAUCUCUCCGGCAAAGAAACAAUCUGCCGUGUUACUGGUGGGAUGAAGGUGAAGGCCGACAGAGACGAGUCCUCCCCUUAUGCUGCUAUGUUGGCGGCUCAGGAUGUGGCUCAGAGGUGCAAGGAGCUGGGAAUUACCGCCCUGCACAUCAAGCUGAGGGCCACUGGUGGAAACAGAACCAAGACACCAGGACCAGGGGCACAGUCUGCCCUCAGGGCUCUGGCUCGUUCUGGCAUGAAGAUCGGCCGUAUCGAGGACGUCACCCCCAUUCCAUCAGACAGCACCCGCAGAAAGGGAGGUCGUCGUGGACGUCGUCUGUAAACUAUUGGAUUUUUUUCAGAAUAAAAAGUCAAACAAUA